UUUAUCGAUAAUUCCGCGGUCACACUGAUUUCCACUGCAAGAAUUAGCAAUUUGCAAACUUUAGCUUUUUUACAAUUUUAAGCUAAAAAACGGCAGCUGAAUAAACUGCUAGGAGCACUCAACGCCUUCCUUCCACUCAAUACUCAGAGGCACCAUGUCGCAGGGCGGUGGCACACCAGCGGGCAGCAACGCGGCCGCACUACAGGCAACUGGCGGGGGCGUGGUCUUCAGCAAGGUCUUUAUACAGCGCGACUACAGCGUCGGCACCUCCGUCAAAUUUCACACGAGGCUUCCCACAGAACUGGAGGGUAUUAUUGAACGACACGUCUUCGAGUCUACCAUCAAUAGGCUAAACGAAUUUUAUGCCGAGGCGGAGGAGGGCUCCUGCGGCACCUACUGUGAAGGCUGUAUAGGCUGCAUCACAGCAUACUUGAUCUACAUGUGCUCCGAAACGCACUACGAGAAGACCCUUCGCAAGAUAUCCAAAUUUGUGGCUUCCCAGAAUGAGCGCAUUUACCAUCAGAAGGGACUGCAGCUGAUUGAUCCCACCUUUCGGGGUCUCCGCGUCAUAGAGAUUACAAUAUUCGAUCGUCCUGGGCGAACGUGACUUCCGCUUUCCCAUUCAGCCAAUGAGUUUUUCAUGUGAGAACAACCAACAGCAACGCAUCAGCGUGGAGAAGAGAGGAGGAUCCGUUUCGGGAAUUAGCAAGCAAAAAGUCAAUGCCAUUGUACGUGUGUGUGUAUGUGUGUGUGUUUCCAAAUAUCCAAAAGCUGUGGAAUCAGCUAAAGCUUUAUAUUAUAUCAACAUAUGUAUUGGCAGCACGGCGUUCGGUUCGUGUUUUGGGGCAUGCGACUUAGUCAUGAGUGUGCUGGGGACGCGGACGAGCCGUCCCUGUUGCAGCCACAUACCAUACGAUAUACCUUAAAAUAACAAAAGUUAAUGGUUAGCCAAGGUUAGAUAGUAUUUACGCAUUAGCAGGCAUUAGUUAUGUAAGUGAAAAGCUACUGAAUUGCAUUUUGAGCCCAAGGGAUAGUUGCAGCAUUGUCUAACAGAUUGUUUGUUUUUUAAUUAAAUAUAUAAAUGUAGCAUAACUGUAGUAUCUUCUAACCCUUCGCUUGUCCCAUCUUUGAACAAGUGCGUUACAACCGCAGAGCAUGCGAAAAUAGUUAUAUGUAGGAUCAUUACGACUAAACUAAACGAUUUCAGACAGCGCCAAAUGAACUUAACCAUCGACAAGCGAAGAAUUGUUCGAUUAACAUACAACUCCGCAACAUUGAUUAACAUAGUUGUCUAGCCUAUAAGGAAAUAUAUUAAAACAUAUAUUGCCGUCAUUUAAACGAA